AUGAGCUCCUCAGCUUCAUGGACACCUACUCCGGCUACAACUAGAUUUUCAUGCAUCCUACGGAUCAUGAGCAUACGGCAUUCAUUACCGACAGAUGUCAUGCCAUUCGGCCAAAAGAAUGCUGGAGCUACAUACCAGCGACUGGUCAAUAAAAUCUUUGCCGAACUCAUUGGCACUUCGAUGGAAGUCUACGUAGACGAUAUGCUAGUCAAAAGUCGGACCACCGACGAUCAUCUUCGAAACCUCUCACUCAUGUUCGGCAAGCUAAAAAAAUACAACAUGCGCCUGAACCCGAGCAAGUGCGCCUGCAGCGUCUCUUUCGGCAAAUUCCUAGGCUUCAUGAUCAGCCAAAGGCGGAUUGAAGCCAACCCUGAGAAGAUCCAAGCGCUCAUCGAUAUGCGGGUGCCGAGGACGAAGAAGGAGGUUCAAAGCCUUACCGGCCGAGUCGCCUCCUUGGCCCGUUUCAUAUCAAAGGCCACAGUCCGGUGCGCCCCUUUCUUCAAAGCUCUCAAAGGGAGCAAACGGCAGGUCGAUUGGACUUCUGAAUGCGACCGAGCAUUCGAAGAUCUGAAAGCCUACAUGAGCAGAGCCCCUCUGCUGUCUACCCUUUUUCCCGAUCUCACCAUCUAUCUCUCGGUCUCUGCAUCGGCCCUGAGCUCCGUACUCAUCCGUCGACCGAAUGGAAUUGAGCUCCCCAUCUUUUAUAUGAGCCAUGCAUUACAGGACGCAGAGCAACGGUACCCCCAACUUGAACAGUUGGCCUACGCUCUCGUCCUCUUUGCGCGCAACUUUGGCCCUACUUUCAGGCUCACAGCAUCGACGUAUUAA